UGCUUUUCUAAUGCCAACCUGGCGAGCCCCGAAUGCACAACAAAAGCGAUCCUUUGCAGCAGGAACCGCCAGCGAGAGCGAUUUACCGUCGCUGCUGGACAUAUUCCAGUUUCUGGACUCACCCGAUCCGAGCAGAUACCUGAGGGCGUGUCUGGAUAGCACAUACAGCGACAUAUUCGAGGCAUGCCUGGAGAGCGGCGUAUAUGCCGGCAUGCGAACCAGCCUAUACCAGUAUCAAAAGAACUCCGUAUUCAAAAUGCUCAAGCGCGAGCUCCUACCAGACCUGUUCUUGAGCCCAGACUUUAUUCCGAUCAAACGGAACACGGAAAGGGCGGAAACGCUUGCUGGCCAGCACCCGCUCCUGCCAUACUUUCAGUUCUCCCGUGAUGUCGUGAGCCCAUCGAACCCUUGGAUGUAUCGGUACCGCAAAGCCCAGAGCGGAUCGGCCUCUGUUGCGACAGACCGGGCUUUAGACGCUGACGAUGUGCGGUGGCACCAGGACACCCGAGGCGGGAUCAUAUGCGAGGACAUGGGUACUGGAAAAACAUGCGAAUGCCUGGCGCUUAUCCUGCUGACAAAAAGGCAGAUGGCGAGGCCGCCGACUGAGGGUGACAUGAUUCCACAAGUAGGUACGGCUGUGUCUGGCCUGUGCACGGACAUGACCAACAGUGCAUUCACUCGGCCUUUGAACUCGGCUGCGACAGUCGUUGCAACACGCCCUGAUUUUCCGACAUUGUCGUUCUUGACGGCCCGAGCGGCUAUGCUCAGCUGUGCCGAAUCGCUGCGUCUGAUCCACGAAGAUGGGCUGCUGCCCACAUCGCUCUGGAAACGGCUAUCGCCGUUCUCGGUGUUUUACUGGGUGUGUCCGAUGGUCUCGGGGCUAUCCCGGCGCAGCGACAUUGGUGACAAGGUCCUCAGCCUCUGGUUCAAAGUGUACAUGAGCAGCUCGACCCUGGUGGUGGUGCCUGACAACUUGAUCGACCAGUGGGUCAAGGAAAAGUACAAACACAUCGACGACACCAGCGGUUUCUCGAUGCUCAAAAUCGACCAUGCUACAGAAACUGUGCCCGACCCAAAGGUCCUGAUAACAUACGAUCUGGUACUGGUCUCGGUGAGCAGGCUGUCCAAAGAGUACACGCCCAUCGAGACCAAUAUCAGCGAGUUGGGCAACAUGUGUCGGUGCUGGAGCCUCGGCUAUGACCGCUGCAUGUGCAAUGAGCGGCACCAAAAUGCCACAGACAGGUCGCCGCUUUUGUGUGUGCACUGGAAGCGGCUGAUUGUUGAUGAGGGCCAUAUAAUGUCGUCCAAGAACACAAUGCGCUCUCUCAUUGCCGCCUACAUCAUUGCAGACCGCCGGUGGGUGUGCACAGGAACCCCCACACACAACCUGGUGCACGCCACUGCUGCUACCGGGGUGAGCAGGCACCAGUCCGAGGCAGAGGAUCUCCCAUGUACAGGCAAAGCCCGCACCUACCGGCUGCACCGCAAGGACAUUGCGUCAGACUUUUUACAGCUCGGCAUGCUGGUGGCCAAAUUCAUGCGACUGGACCCGUUUGCCCAAGCAACAAUAGCCUGGAGGCGCGACAUGGUUGGGCCAUACCGGCGCAAUGACCCGGGUGCCCACGAGAGGCUGCAGGCGCUGAUGCAGGCCAUAAUGGUGCGCACACGGCCCGAAGUUGUUAGCAGCGAGAUUCAGCUCCCACCACUCCAUGAGCGGCUGGUGGUGCUGCCACCCACACAUCUGCAGAUGCUGGUUUACAAUACUGUGGUCGCGUUCUUCCACAUCAAUGCGGUUCUGACGGAGCGCGAGGGCCGCGACUACUUUUUUCACGCCGAAAACAAAAAACAUCUGCGUCAGGUCACAGAGAAUCUUUUCCUCGCCUGCUCCUGGUUCCCUAUCAGCAUCACCCAUGUGGCCGACGGCAUAGACAACGGGAAAAAGGCGCUGGCGGCCUGUGUGGAGGGCAAAAAGACAUAUUCCCCUGCUGACAUCACACUGCUGCACAGCUGUAUUGCUGUCCUGGAACGCGCUGCUAGCGAUCCGGGCCUCUUGUAUGCCGCUAGCACAGACUCGGUUGGGUACUGGGUCUCGCAGGUGCCGCAGCAAUUCAAUCGCCUUGUCUCCCGCCCAACCUCCAGUGCCCAGUGCUUGACAACAGCAGCAAGUGCCGAACAGAUAGUAUCAGCAGCCAAAGCUGCGCUCCAAACAUCCAACGACAACCUUCUGCCGCUCUCAACCAACCUCACCCCACCCGAGUUUGAGCUCCUGUCAUCUGCCGAAAUAACCGGUACGACCAGCAACAAGGUCUCCUACCUGAUCGACCAGCUGGUCCGUCAUAGCGACAAAGAAAAGUGCAUCGUGUUUGCAAACAAUCUGGCAGAUAUCGUCUAUGUUGAUGAUGCCCUGCGUGUAUUGCGCAUCCCUCAUCUCCUAUACGCGCACCGCGGAUUGACCCCGAGCCAGCAGCGGCAUAACGUGACAACAUUUGCCACGAGCGCAACAUACAACGUGAUAAUCAUGGAUGUGCAGUUGGCAGCAUACGGAAUUGAUCUAUCAGCAGCGUCACGCGUAUGGUUCAUGAGUCCAAUCUGGCAGUCGGCGCGCGAACGGCAGGCAAUUAAACGUGCUCACCGGCUCGGUCAGACUCGCCCAGUGUUUGUUGAGACUUUGAUCACGGAGGGAUCCGUGGAAGAGGAUCUGUGGCGACGUCGGCAGGAGCUGGCGACAGGAGCGAAUGAUGAGAUUAUACGUGACAUCGAGGAGGACAGCAAAAUGCGCUCGGUGCUGUCCAAUGCUCGCUUUGUUGGUACCAGCACAAGCAACAUGCAUGACAAUGACCACGGUAUGCUCAUCAAUGCGCAGAAACUACUGCCACGCAAUAUCAAGUAUCCGAACCUACUGAUGCGCAAAUACGCCAUGUGGUUUCCUGAAUUCCGGAGCGGUACAAGCUCUGCAGUUGAUGUGGCACCGUUCGCCAAGACAAGGCGGCUACGGCUCAAGGUAACCUGCCCAAUAUCCUAUGAAUCAACUACACCCGCCAACACACACUUCGAUGAACCACAGCGCAAGAAAGCCAAAAUGGCAGUCAGCUUCAACAUCCCUAGCGCAUCAGAUUGACUCCCAACCCUUUUAUAAAGUACUAGAAUUACUUUGCUUGCAAUGAGGAGGCCGCGCAAGAGGCGUGCAGCAGCAGGCGAUUCUGCUGCCAGCAGCGGCGAACCAGGGCUGAAACGCCUACGUUGAGCAGGCCAUCAAGGCAAGAAAUGUUCAAGAUCACCAUUGCACUAGCAAUCGUCAAACAUGUUCAAAUGACUGAUCUGCUGUGAUGCUUUUAUCAACGCGUCAAGCCAUGUUGACUAGCAGCCGAGCUCACAUCGCGAGCAAAGUUUUUCCAGUAGAUAUCACUAACCAAUGUGUUCACUGAAUUGAUACGUAACGG